UGGUCGGCGCCUUGCACCGUUUGGAGCAAAGAGACCUAAUACAAGCCUUUAGUCCCGUGCACCGGACGCCCCUCCUCUCUCCGCUGCUAGCGACGAGGCCGACCACCCCGGGGCGGGGGAGGAGUGUGGGGCCAGAAGAGCUUGUUCCGGACGUGGGACCCGCCCCGCAGCGGCUCCCGUUGGCCAAAUAGGGAAGCGGAGCGGACGGGAAUCGCCGCGCUUCGCUUCUUGUAGCGCUGAUUCGUAUUAAGAGGGCCCACCCCAAAUCUCAGCCAUAUUUUUGGGGGUGGGAAGGUGGCCGGAGAUGGCAGCGGCAGGACUGGAGGGUUUUUGAGUUCUUCGGGCCGAGUCCACCCAUCCACCCGCUCCCCACCGUGAUGAAUCCCAAGGAAGGCGCGGCUCCGCUGGAGAAAUACAAGCUGGUGGUGGUCGGCGGAGGCGGCGUGGGCAAGAGCGCCCUGACCAUUCAGUUCAUCCAGUCAUAUUUUGUCUCUGACUAUGACCCUACAAUUGAGGAUUCUUACACCAAAAUCUGCAACAUUGAUGGCACCCCAACCCGGCUGGACAUUCUGGACACUGCUGGGCAGGAGGAGUUUGGGGCCAUGCGAGAGCAGUAUAUGCGCACAGGGGAAGGUUUUCUCCUCGUCUAUGCCAUCAAUGAUCGUGGCAGUUUCAACGAGAUCCACAAGUUUCACACACAGAUACUUCGAGUGAAAGACCGUGAUGAGUUUCCCAUGAUCCUUGUGGGCAAUAAGGCUGACCUCGACCUUUAUCGGCAGGUACCCAAGGAGGAGGCCCUUAGCUUUGCCCGGGAGAAUCGGAUCCCAUACAUGGAAGCUUCUGCCAAAAUCCGCCUAAAUGUGGAUGAAUCUUUCUGUGAGCUGGUCAGGGCCAUCAGAAGGUUUCAUGAGCUGGAAUCUCCCCCUGCCCCAGCUGUCAGCCCUAAGAAGAAAGAAAGCAAAGGCUGUCCCUGUUCCCUAUUGUAAACCGCCCUCCCACACCAAGCUACAGAACCCAGAAGGGGAAGAACUGCUCAGGUUCCCUCCAGAGGAGAGGAUACCACAGGAUUUCUCCCUCGUGCCACCAUGCUCCUCAAUCCCCCCAACCCCUGCAACAAGGGCUGGCAAUGUGUAUUCUGCAGUUGUGUCUAAAUAGUACAAUUUCUCUGUCGUAGGCCGUGCAAACUAGAAUGGUGCAGGAAGCAGAUAAAUCAUAUACCCCUUCCACCGUCCCCCCUCCUUAAACUACAGGUGGGAUACAGGUUAUAUACAUACUGAAGGGAGGUGUUGGGCCUGGGGUGGGGGAGAGAAUCCAGGAAUACCUGUCCUACUCGGCCACCUUCUCUGCUAGAUUCUCCUGGGGAAAUUGUAUAGAAGGUUCCCGUUCUUGCCUAGGAGGUAGAAGGCAGCAUAAUUUGAGAAAUGUGGGUUCAUGGGUUUAAAUUUGGAAGAGAUGGGCUGGUAUAGGAUAGUCUGGUGUUAUUAGGUGUUAGGGGGUGGACAGGUACAAGAGCAGCUUAUACUCUUCAUCGCAGCUGAAGCCAGUGAGCUGUUGCACAUACACAGAUAUAUAUAUAUACAUAUUCAAAGGUGUAUUGUACAAAUGCAUUUAAAAGGGUGUUGUAAUCUUAAUUUUUUUAAAAAAUCACAGUACUAUUUACAUGCACCAAUUCUCCUACCAAACAAGGGAGGCAGUAGCAGUGUAGCAUUCAAUGUUAUUCCCCAUUUAACUCUUUUCUGUAGGAAAAGGGAGGAAUUAAAAGUCAGCACACCCUUUCCAUGAAACCAGUAAAGUGGGGAUACAUAAAAGCAGACAGGUUGGCUGGAAGAUAAAUCCAUCCUUUCAUGUUGGGCAGAGGAAGUAGCGAGGAAAUAGUAAAAGCAAAAGAUUGCCCGCUCCGCACACACACUCUAACAUCUUAUGUAAAGUGAAGGCUGCUUAAGGUCAUAGAGCUAAAAACAGACCUGCCUCCCCAACAGUGUUUUUUUUUAAGUUGCUCUGUCCAAGAACAGAAUAAUUUGAAUUUUACCUAUCUGCCAGUCAUAGAAUCAUAAAAUAGUAGAGUUGGAAGAGGCCUGUAAGUCCAUAGAGUCCAACCCCCUGCUCAAUGCAGGAAUCCAUCCAGUAAUUGUUAUAUAAUAUUCUGUGGAUCAGGGAUGGCUUAACAUUUUUCAUGUCAAGGGCCACAUUGACCCGUGGUCAACUCUCUAGGGCCUGUAUGUCAAAAUGGGUGUGGCCAAAUUUUGAAUGUUGUUUUUAAAAAGGACAAAUUGAGGGAAGUCCUGUGAUGUGUGCCAAAAAACUUUUUGCAUCAUAGCAGGGGACCUGUGGGGAUAUUCAGGCUUUUUAAAAAAAAAUAUUUAUUUUUUUAAACUGACAAUUUGGGUGGAGGGCACAAUAAUCCUCUUGGCAUCACAAAAUCAGAUGCAGCCUAUGGGCUGGCCACGCAUUUUAGAUCCUUUACCUGCUACCUAAAGAGCAAAAUUGUCAUAUUAAAUCCUGCUCAGAUGCAAGGCAUCUUUUUUCAGCAGUUAGGAAAAGGGAUCUGUGUGAAUGAGUUUUUUUCUUCUAAUUCCCCUUCCAUCAUGCUGUGGAUCAUUCCAGCCUAUAGACACCAAAGAGUUACCACCUAUUCAAAAACAAUCUUGUGGCACUUUAAAUAUGAACAGUUUUAUUGUGGCAGAAGCCAUCGUGGAACAGAGUCCACAUUGUCAGCUGCAAGAAGUAAUCUCAGAUGGCAACCAUAUGUAAUCUACACACACAAAGGUACAGAAAGGCUUUUUGGGGGGGGGAGUAAACAGUGGGGCCAAAAGGCCAUGGAAUGCAAGGGUAUUAGGUUGUGAAUUUCUCAGUAAUCCAGAAGUGAUUUUAAAUAAAAAAGAAAUGUUCCUA